AUGCAUCNUGCAUUUGUUUACAAUUAUGGAACACAACAGCAAAUCUUAUAUGUUAAUGGUGUUGUAGAUGCAAUUAAGUCAAAUGCACAACCAUAUCAAGGACAAAAUGGAAGUAUUACAAUUGGUUCAAGUACAGUUUCUUCUACACAAAUAUAUUUUAGUGGUUAUAUCGACAAUCUAUUGUUAACAACAGAGGCAAAAUCUUCCACAGGCAUUCUAAGCGAUGCAUCUUUGGCAGCUUAUUAUUCAUUUGAUUCACCAAGUACCAGUGCUGAUAGUGGCCCAAAUGGAGUAGGUGGGUCAGCGAUCAAUACACGUUCAGUUACCGGACGCGUUAACCAGGGGAUGUACUUCUAUCCAUCCAUUUCAUCGUAUUUCCGUGCUUAUGGUUUUUAUCAGAUUCCUUACGGUGUUGUAACCAAUCAACCAUUCUCAUUAGCAUUGUGGAUCAAUCCAUCGUCAACUAGUUCCUCCACACUUAUUCAAUCAUUUAGCGCAUCAUACGGUUCAUGUAGAACUAUACUAGGGUUUUACUCAUACGGAACUUCAGGUGGGCAGAUAUUUGCACUCUGCAACGGUGCUAGCCCACUAGGAUUGACUGGUCCAUUUAUUACACAAAAUACGUGGACACAUGUAUCAUUGACAUACAGUUUAAAUAAUGGAUAUACUUUAUACGUGAAUGGAGUUUUCUUUGGAUCAACAGGCUUCGUCUUAUCCGUCACGUCCGGCACACUAGCGCAUCUUUUCAUAGGCUAUUACGCUGCUUGUUGUUCAGGUACGUUUAGCUACAACUAUCAGGGUUCGAUUGAUGAACUCUAUGUGUACAACCGCGAACUAGCACAAUCCGAAGUUGCUAUACUUGCUAAUCCUUGA